UGAUGCAAUAUGAUUCUGAUAUGUUAUUAUAUCUUUCUUUUGAUAAAUGAUCUGUUAAGUUCUUACACCUUGUUAUGGUUUUAAUUGGUAAUUGUCAAAGUAGCCAUUAUGAGAGCGAAGAUGAAAAAGUACAAGGCUAUGAUUCUACAGCUUCAACGCCAAAAGUUUUGAGGAAAGUAGUUCAUAAAGUUGCAAAAACUGAAACUAAAGCCUCCAAGACUAAGUUUACUGCUGAUCUUGGAACCAAUUCAGCACCUCCACACGUUAAGACUAAAAGUGAAGGCAAGAGAAAAAUGGCUAAUUUGGAACUGAAUCGGGUUAGGAAAAACCUUUUUUGCAAACCUGAAGAGGAAGAUGAUAACGAUUUUUUCCUGAACUAUCAUCCAGGUAAUCCGGUUGGAUAUGAAGGUGAUGAUGUUGCUUUUGAAAUUCCUACUUGGAUGCCAAUUACAUUCAGACCACCACCAGCAAUGAAUCUAAAUGAUAUUUGUGCCUACAUAGUUGCGUAUGUUUUUAUGCCUGCUGAAGACUUGAAUGGGGAGGAAGAACUGAUUCGCUCAACUAAAGAUGUGUCUGGAUAUAGGAAAACCCUAAAGUCCCUGAUGCCAAGGAGUUUUGUGGAUCAGGAGGUUAUUAAUUUGGUUGUUUCGCGACAAAACUGGGUGAUGAAUUCGUUAUCCAAAACCAAAGGAGUAUGGUAUCUCCCCACGUCGUUUGCGGUAAUCACCACUACUGAUCUUACUAGAAGUUUUUAUUUAUUUGUACUAUUAUUAAAAUCAAUUAUCAUCAACUGA